AUGCGCUCGUCUGGUUUCAUUAAUGCUUUCGCUUUGUCGUCUCUGUUGGUGCAGGUCACUCUCGGGCAUUACUCCCGGGGGCAUGGCAACUACGCUCACUCUCAUCUGCAUACGCAGCAAGCACGCGACUCCGAAUCUAGUUCAUUUCAACUGGUUCCCAGCCAGUCUUUCAGCAGUUCCAGUCUCACUCAGAGCUGUCAAGAUGCCUUGUAUGACAACUUGCAGUGCGACAGCUAUGUGUCGACGCUCGGGAGACCAGUCUGGCAUGGUGGUCUAAAUGACUCGGUCCUGACUGACGCGGUAUGCUCAACUCAAUGCGGCCAGUCUCUUUCCAGCUUCCAUGACAAAGUCGUGGCACAGUGCGGUGCAGAUGCAACUAUCGCAGAGGGAAUCCCGGCUCUGUCGGUGAUCGACAGUAUCUGGUCAGGCUGGAAUGAAACAUGCUUAAAAAAUGACAACGGCACUUACUGUAACGAUGUUAUCGAUUCAUGGGACUCGGUAUCGAAUCUUACCGAUGUGCCGGUGGCGGAUAUUUGCGACAAUUGCUGGAUUCGAAAAUUGGAGUUGAUGCAGCAGUCACCGUACUCGGCUUACAGCACCCCUUACGAGACUAUGCUCAAUUAUUCGAUUUCGGUUUGCAACCUUGAGGGCGUGGAAACACAGCCGACUCCGGGAGGCCUUGAGAUUCCCGCGGCCAAUGCCACCUGCUCAACGGACAAUUGGUACACAGUUCAAACUGGGGACACCUGCGAUUCCAUCUCCAUAGCCCAUUCUAUCUCCUCUUCAACCCUGUAUCAAAUCAAUCCCACCCUGUACAAUUGCAGUGACCCGACGGUGGGGUUGGACCUGUGUCUGCCUCUGGCAUGUGAAGAUAUCUACGAGGUCGUUGCUGGUGAUAAUUGCUCAUCGAUUGCCGUCACCGCGGGUAUUUCGUGGAUGAAACUGAUUUCCUAUAACGGCAUGGUAGACAGUGCUUGCUCAAACAUCGCCGAUACCGCCCUCUUAGGCGGAGUGCGAUGCGUCUCCCCUCCUGGGGGCACUUUCAACUUGACAGUCUCGUCUAAUUCAAGUUCCGCCUCGGGUGUAGACGGACAGGGUGGCUCUGGAUCAGGCUAUGGUACCAGCUUCGUCGCCUUGCCAAGCGACGUUACUCUGGCUGAAGGGACUACUACCGACUGUGGCGACUAUUACACAGUGGUGUCGGGAGACACCUGCGUGUCGCUCUUGGCGGAGGCCAACACGCCGUUCAAUUUAUUUAUGGCUGCAAAUCCGUCCAUCACAUCCGCCGCGGUCUGUGACGAUGAACUGACAGUUGGUGUGACCUACUGUAUUCAUCCCAUGAGCGGCUUCAAUACAACA